GCGUAGUCGCUAAGGGGUGGGUCUUCGCAAGCGCUGGAAAACCCACCUUUUUCAUUGUUUGGAACUCCAUGGAAUGCGAUGGUUUGAUCUUACGGUGUCGGGAGGGGGAGAAAGUGAGAACAGACAGAAAGCUGUUCCAAAAAGUAUACGGCUGACUUUGCGCCUAACUAAGGGAAAAAUAGGACGUCGUAUCCAACUCUACGGAUUCACCGCAUUGACCAGAACAAACCGACCGACUAUUUGGUGCCUUGCCACUUUAAGGUAAGUCCAUGUGAUUGUUCGAAGCUAGAUGGAAAAAUGUUAAAGGAACACCAGAGUCGGCUACCUACCGUGAGUCGUACACGGCCAGGCAGUACAGACCCAACUGCGGCAACUUUCCUCCCUCCUCCCCCUCCCUGUUCCUGCCGCAGCCGAAAGGAAACCUCAUCGAAACACCGGAUUGCUGCGCAUUCAAGAAGCAAGGGCUAGUGGUUCUGAUUAAGUUGUCAUUUUUAAAACGUCAAAAUCACACCAGCCAUUCGUGGAUUGCACUGAAAGGUCUGGAUGAGGCUGCACUGAAGCAAGACUCCACUCCACCGGAGCGAGGGAUACAGACUGACUGACAGAGAGAGAGAGAGAAGGAAGAGACUAGCAAUCUACACUUAAGUCAUUCCCUGAGAAAAGAUGCAUCCCUGGAAAAUGAUCGUAUAUCCGCAUCAAACGUAGAAGAAUCAAGGAACAUCCGAGAACGGAGUGUACCGAACCGCUACGUGUCUGUCUGCUUCACACGACGCCAAGAAACUCCCUUCAGAUCCAAGUGGUACUGACAAGAGGACUGGUCACGCAAAUGCAUACCUCCCACACAGUUGUCAAAUAAAUCUUGCAAAGCUUGAAAAGCUUGGAAAACAGCACCACACCCCACACCCCCCACUCCCACUACACCACCCAACCCCACCCCACCCCACCCUGUCCUGCCGUGGCCCACACACCGCACCCUCCGCCAGCCCCAAAACCCAGCCAUGUCCGAGUACAAAGACACCACGAACCGCCACCUGCGGCACAAGCUGCAGAGUCUGGGCCGUCGGCUGGACGAGCUGGAGGAGGCCUCCAGUAAACUGCAGAAAGCGGAGGAGGAGCUGAUGGAGCUACAGGACAAGAUCAUCCAGGCAGAGGGCAGUAACUCGUCCCUGCUGUCGGAGGUAGAGACUCUCAGGAAGAGGGUGCUGAAGAUCGAGGGCAAGGAUGAGGAGAUCCGCAAGGCCGAGGACCUGUGCCGGUCCGUCCGGGAGAGGCUGGAGGAGGAUGAGAGGGUGACCAAGGGACUGAAGGUGGAGGUGGAGCGACUGCAGGGAAGAAUGGCUGAAAUGGAGAAACUGGAGGAAGCCUUUGGAAAGUGCAAGUCGGACUGCUCUCAGCUGUGCCUCAACCUCAACGAGGAGAGGAACCUCAACCGCAAGCUGUCCACCGAACUGGAGGCCCUGAAAGUUCGCCUGAAAGAGGUAGACACUUCGGAAGCACGCCUGGACAAGGCUGAGCAGGCCCUCAGUGCAGAGAUGGACAGGCUCAAGGGCCUCACCCAGACCUUCCUGAGCGAGCGCAAGAGGCUUCUGGAUAAACAGAAAGAGGACGAGAAGGUAAUCCACAAGCUCCAGGAAAAACUAGAGCAGCAGAAGAACCGGAUCAGUUCAGACUACGUGCGCAGGGAAUCCAGAGACCUCCGGAUCGAGGAUGAACUCUCAACGGGCCUCACGAGCAAGCUCACCAGGAAGAAGAGCUUCGACUAUCUGAAGUUCAGUGAAGACACAGGGCUUAUGAAUAAAACGGAGAAUGAGAAGAACAGCCUGGAAGGUCAGGAGGACAACAAAGUCAGAGACCUGAACCAAGAAGUGGAGAAGCUCAAGAAUCGCCUGAAGCAACUGGAACUGGUUGAGGAGGACCUGAAGAACACAGAGUCCAAAAACACAGAGCUGUUGGAGAAGUUCCAGCAGGAGAAGAUCAAAAGCCAAUCCCUUGCCGAGCAAGUUCAGCAACUCAAGACGCAGAUCCAUGGCAGCGGCAGCAGUCACGGAGGGGCAGGCAACGGCACGGCUAAAGUGCUGGAGAACGGCAAGGUGGAGAGCGAGGAUGUCGCCGUCCGAGGCUUCCGUAAUGAGAAGCCGAAAUAUCCCAGUUCCGCUAACCCGAAGCCACUGGCCUCCAAACACAAAAGAGAGGUGUCCCCUCAACAGAGGAAAGAGGCCAAGCCACGUAACAAGGACUUCAGCCACUCUGCCGAAAACUCCCCCAAGGCUACCAGGAGGGCGAUGAGUCCAGCACACAAGGCCAAACGGGGACUGAGGACUGGAGCAACUCCAGCCUCUGACAACGGCCUCAGAGAAACGGCAAGAGGCGCUGAGGAGAAACCAGGUUUUGGCAGUAGCCAGGGGUCCAACAGCGACAGCAAAAAGAUGUCUGUUCUCAGCCGUUACCCACCAGCGGCCAAUGACCAGAAGCCGUGGAAGACACCUCUGAAGGCGACCGAGAGCGAUGCCAAAAAGAAGUUCUCCAAGCUGUAUGUUGGCAGCGACAGCGAGUCCAACAGUUCAGAUGGUGUGUGCCAGGUGCCCGUGACCUCUUGCAAGGUGGUGCCGGUCCACUCUGCUGACAAAGACCCUAACUCAGAACAGGGCUUCGGGAACCCUACCCAGGACUCCUCAGCGGUGUUGAGUCUGUCCAAGGCCAACGGCUCUUUUACCGCGUACCGGUCCCAGGUCUCCCCUGUCGUGGUGAGUGAAGGGGGAUCCGAGGGCCACUCCUCCGCCUCGGAGAGUGAGUCCACCGGCUCACGGCCGUCAGUAGGUGACCAGGAGUCCAUAUUCACCUCCAUUAGCAGCAGCAGGUCGUCCAACCCCAGGUAUCCCAGAUACUCCCGGAUACAGUCGUCAGACGGCUCCUCCACCAGAAGCUCCUAUGAUGAGGAAGGCCACAGGGCGUUGAUGGCAGAGGGCGGCUCAGUGGCUGCCCCCCACCAGGAACCCUCUAACACAGUCUCAGGAAUCGAAAUCAGGAGGGUCUGCAGUCCGCGGGAAGCGCUGAGGUCAAAAGCGGUCAUCAAGCCAGCGAUUGUCGAAAGCGACCGCAAAGAGGUCAUGGGACCAGGUAGUGGCAGCGGGAUGGAGCCUACUAUGUCUCUGUCCAGCGGUAAGCCCAAGAUCUCCACCAAGCCGAACCUGACCAGCAAGAUGACCAGCAGCAUCACCAUCUACCCCAACGACCCGAGCUCUUCCCGGACCAGCAGCAGGAGCAGCAGUGCAUGCAGCGAGCCCAUUGUCCAGCGAGAACGACACACGUCCACCAGCAACAUCAUCAUCGGGCCCAGCAGCACCACCAGCAGCUGCGUCAGCGCGGAACAUCGCGGGAGCGUGUCCAUACCUUACGAGAUAUCCAUCCCCAAGAGCGAGAUCACCAUUCGGCCAUGCCAGGACGGGGGUGUCGACGACGGGGACCCUCCCAACAUCAUGGAGUCAGCCCGGAUGGAGACUCACGUGAGGUCCCGGAGCAACUACACCAUGGCAGCCCCACCGGACAUGUCGGAUUUCAGCAACGACGGGGAGUCGGGGUUUGAGAGCAGCAGCAGUAACAGCACCACCACCGUCACCAGUUGGAGGAGCCACGGUCUGAACCACCACCCGCACCAUCACCACCACUACCAACAACCACCACAGCACCACCAACAUCAGCACCAACAACACCAACUCACCCAUCACUCCAGCCAGGAUGAGUACCUCCCAGAGAUGAGGAACAUCACGGUCCGAAGCACCUGGAAGAAGAGGGGCGCCCUCUCCGUAGACGACGUCGGCCAUUCCCCGAGGCUAGACGCCGGUUCGGAAGACGAACUGGACCCGCCAACGUGGAGGGCGUACCGCGCCACCACGGUGCUGGACGCGGAGGAGUUGGCUGCCCCUCCUCCGGUUCCACCACCACCACCUCCUUCUCAUGCCGAGAGCCGGGGGGAGAAACUGAGCCCAGCAGAGGUGUACAUGCGUCGGAUCACCAACAGGGAGGCGCUGGGGGAGCCGGGGCAUCGCGUCAGGGCGCCGGUGACGCCGACGUCUGACGGUGCCGGGCUGGGUAGGACCGUACCCCACGAGCCUGUGAGUGCCAAAGAGAGGCAGCCACGGAGCUGGAAGCACGCCGCGGCAUCAGCAGACGAGAGCGAGCCGCAGCCUGCCAGUUCAUGGCGAAGACAGACGCCCACGGUGACGACCCUGGACUCCUAUGACCGGCCGUCCAGGACCGCAGACCCCAGCAGCAGCAGCAGCUCCAGCACCACCCCCAGUGGCAGGUCAGCGGGGCUGGGCAGCGGCAGGACCGUAGUGGGCCGGACCCCGGAGCGCAGUCGGCCCUGGAGCACCAGGCAGCAUGACAACUGACCCCACCAUCACCAGUGCUUAGGACCUCAGCUGGACCUUCAUAUGCUGGGCGGGAACUUCCAAGUGCAUCCUUCGUGAAACAUCACUGGCUCUCCAAACAACAACAACAAGAAGAGAAAAAGAAAAGAAAUACAACCAGGCGCACACAAAAACACUUCCCUCCCCCCUCCCCCACCCUCUGGCAUUAAGUUAUUCCUUCCAGCACUAGUACUAGCUCUUGCUUUACUUGCCUUCUCUUGUCUUGUGAGUGUUAGACCAGCUUCAGCACACCCCUCCUCCAUCUCCAUCAUCCAUAUGUCUCUCCUAUGAAGCAAGCCUGUAUGUCUGAAAUGGGCAUCCAACACCUGCACAGCUUCUCUGCCUCCCCACCACACAGGAUGGCUUCAAGGGACUCCUCAUAUGUGGAUUUGUGUGUGGGAGAGAGAGAGAGAGAGAGAAAGACGGAGACAGGAGAGAGAUAGACUGAAGCAUUCUGGGACUCAAUCUCUUACAUCGUGGACUAUCGCUGUCAAUGGAUUUCUUUGUUCUGUAAAUCGGUCGGUAAAUCUGACAUAUACACUAGACUCUGACAUGGACACUAACAACUUGCAGGCCAUCAGAUGUAAGGGGGAUAUUUCAGAGACAAUCAUGACUAUUACUUUUUUUUUACUUUUUUCUGUUCGAUUCUCUUCUUGGUUUCCACGCUGUAGCUUAUCAUUUACCCAUUAGAAGGGGUUAGUUGGGCACCUGUAGUAGUUUCUGUUUUGUUUUUUUUUACCUCCAAAGUGACACUUUCUUCUGAGUGCUACUGCAGGUCUGCAGACAGGCCUGUGUAAAGCUCAGUGAUAAUCCCUGCGUACCUCCCUGGCCAAUGCAAGCAACCAUCUGCCCUGGGUUUCCACCCUACUCCUGACUUAAUUGCCAUUACGGCACGUAAAACGCCGUUCUGGCAGAGGAAUCGGGGAAAGCCAAACGCCAAAAAACCCCUAAGGGUUUUCCUGUAAUUUCAUCAGUCGUUUCCAAUUGCCACCUUGCCGUGUUUGGUAAGUUACCAUACCAUACAAAUUAAAAGCAUCAUAUUUCCAUGGCAAGGGAAAAAAAACGGCGUGGUGCAUUUUUAGCCUGAUCUGUAAUUAGGCACCAGACUCUUGCGUUUGGUGUCAGUGACGUUGCAGAAUUGAUAGAAACCUCAGAUUUCCUCUCUGCGCACAGAUGGCGCAUGAUGUGGCAACUCUGGAGGAGUUCUGGAUUUGGUGCCAACACAUCCCCCCCACACACACACA